CCCACGGAAGCUCUCAUCAGCGGACCAGCUCAGUAACUCAAUGUGGGCCUUGGAGAGGUGCCCAGUGACAAUUAUCAGAUUUGUGCGAGGAAGACAAGACAGAAAUGAUGUGACGAACCCACGUUGUUCAAACAUCCUUUUGUGUGACACUCUCGUCGCGAUAACACUUCCCCCAACACCAUAUUGACACUAUCGCGAACUGUGUUUGGUCACCCAGACGCUGGACGGAAAUUUGAGAGAAGAGACAUUGGAAGAAAAGUCCGGGACAAGUUGGAAGGCCAGCAUAGAAAAGAACACAGUGAAAGAGACAUCCAGUCAUUAGACGAAAACUCGUGUUAAAAUGGAUUUAUCAGUUUUAGUAUUUAUAUACCUAAUGGCACUCUGCACAUGUUCAGAAGUUGAGAGCAAGCACAAGCCAGGACGUGGAAGAGGCUCGAUGUGGUGGGGCAUCGCCAAAGUGGGUGAGCCUAACAAUCUAUCGCCUCUCAACUCGAAGAUCCUGUACAUGGAUCCUGCGAUUCACUCCACCUUGCGCCGAAAGCAGAGGCGUCUCGUGAGAGAGAAUCCCGGAGUCCUCGGGGCUCUUGUUCGCGGUGCGAACAUGGCCAUAGCAGAGUGUCAGCAUCAAUUCCGACAUCGGCGGUGGAAUUGCUCGACGCGAAAUUUCCUCCGUGGGAAGAAUCUGUUCGGAAAGAUUGUGGAUCGAGGUUGCCGAGAGACGGCCUUCAUCUACGCCAUCACGAGUGCCGCAGUGACACAUUCGAUCGCCAAGGCGUGCAGCGAGGGCAAAAUCGAGUCCUGCACGUGUGAUUACAGCCACCAGUCGAAGGCGCCUGUGUGGGAGUGGGGCGGAUGCUCAGACAACAUCGGAUUUGGUAUCAAAUUUGCGAGAGAGUUUGUCGACACGGGCGAGAGAGGACGAAACUUCCGUGAGAAGAUGAACCUGCACAACAAUGAGGCUGGAAGAGCGCAUGUGCAGGCGGAGAUGCGCAAGGAAUGCAAGUGCCAUGGAAUGUCAGGAUCGUGUACUGUUAAAACAUGCUGGAUGCGUCUGCCAAACUUCCGGGUUGUCGGAGACAACCUCAAGGAUCGCUUUGACGGAGCUUCGCGGGUGAUGGUGAGCAACAGCUUACGCAGCGGUGGCGCCAAUGACAACGCCAUUAAAGUGCAUAGUUCUAGCAAUGCCCUCCAAGUGAGCCACACUUCCACAAGUCCCAACAGCAUCUCCAGCAAUUCUGUCCACGUGCGAGGACAUCAGCAGCAGCAAAAGCGGUACAACAGGUACCAUUUUCAGUUGAGGCCUUACAAUCCAGAACACAAACCGCCAGGUGUGAUGGACCUGGUUUACCUGGAACCGUCGCCUGGCUUCUGCGAGCGCAAUCCUAGGCUUGGGAUCCAGGGCACUCAUGGCCGCCAGUGCAACGACACCUCAAUCGGCGUUGACGGUUGUGACCUGAUGUGCUGCGGUCGCGGCUACCGCACUCAGGAAGUGACGGUCGUAGAGCGAUGCGCUUGCAUGUUUCAUUGGUGUUGCGAAGUGAAGUGCAAGCUGUGCAGGAUACAAAAGACUAUACACACGUGCCUGUAGGUGAGCCCAAUUCCUCCGAACUUAUCCAGUCACUCGAGAAUGUUUUCACGCAGAACUUGCGUGAAAGAUUAGAGGAGAUAGCAAGAAAUCUUGAGCCAAAUGUUCUCUGUUUUUUGAUAAAUUAUUUUAUUAUUAACUCGCUUAAUUUAUUCUUUUUAUAUUUGACAAAUAUAUUUUGCAAAUUAAUAGCCCACGUUCGAAUAUGGAUUAUACGUGAAACAGUAUUAGAGAUUCCUUUUCUCUUAAUCCUUCUGGUCUAGACUCUUGCUUAUACAUAUACAUUUAGUUUUCAAAUAAACAGUAACUAUAAUACGCAAAUUAUUUCGUAGAUGUGAGUUCUUUUUUGUUAGAAUGAAUCGUAGAAGAAGAAUAAAUUGACGAUUAAAAGACUGAUUUUCCAGUUUAAAUUAUACUAUUAAGAAUGAUGAUAAAUCUUUUUCCUCUUUGACAAAAAAAUGAAAAAUAAGCAAAAGAUUGUUUUCUUUAAUGUCUAAUUAAGGAAGCCGUAAGUUUUGUAAAUAUGACAUUUUAUUUUCAUAGUACAUUAAAAAAAUAAGAAAAAAGCAAAGUGAAAUCAAAAAAUUUACGUGAAAAUAUUUUUCAUUGACGUCUGAAAGUAGAAAUUGUUGUAAUUUAUUAGUUUGGAAAAUGCGUACAUUUUAAAAGAUAUUUUUUUCUAAAUAUUAAGAGAACUCUUAAAGAAAAUUCCUGUAUAUAUGAAAGAGAGUAUUUUAAGUAAAUCGGCAAAAGCAGCAUUUUAAUAAGUAGGACAUUUUUUUUACAAAUUAAAACUUUUCACGCAUGUAA